AAGGUGCCAGCGGAUACUUCCGGUGGGGACAUGUGUGCGAAAUGAAAAAAGUGGAAGACGUUUGAGCGCAGCCUGAAAUCGAGGGAGUCAAUCGGUAAUCGAGGAAAGGCUGUUGGAAAUUUGAGAAUGGGUAGACUGCGGAAAAGACACAACUGGAAAGCACGACUUCAAGUCAAGUCUGUAGAAAACUCUUCAGAACGAUCCAGCAAUGAAGUUAAAGUUAAGAUUGAACUGGAAGAGGGAGUCACACUAAAGGGUAUUGAUGAGAGUAAUGCACUAGUUCUGCCAGCAAAAAGGGGAAAAAGAAAACAAGUGAUUGAAGAUGCUGGAAAAUCAAAGCAACCUCUGAGCAAGAAGCAGAGGAAACAGCUGGAAAAAAUACUAGAACAAAAAGAAAAGAAAACUCAGAGAAAAGAUAUUCUGAAUAAAUUGGCAGAAUGCCAGGUCUCAGAUUCUGAGAUGAAGCUUUUCUACACCACGUCAAAAAUAGGCACUGGAAAACGCUUGUACCAGCCUAAACUGCCUGAACAGGAGGUUAACAGUGAGUGCAGAAUCAGCAGUGUUAGCGGGGCCAAUAGGAAAAGACACAGAAGAAACUCUGAGGUUGUGGAAGAAGCACCAGGGUCUGAAACUAGCACAUCUUCAGACAGUUCGGAUGAGGAAGAACAAGUGGACGAUGCAAAGACUACGAAAAGUGACAGCACACGGUCAAGUGCAGGAGACAGGAAUGUCAACAACAAUGAACAAAUUCAAAACUCCUCAAGCAGUGCAGAGGCAACGACUGAGAAACCAUCAGCAUUGGUGUCUAUUAAUAAGAAAACCAGUCAAAACCUGAUGCAGCAGACUUCCUCAGAACCUGCCAUUUUCAUUCCUGUGGACAGAAGCCCAAAAAUUCAGGAAGCUCGUCUGCAGUUACCAAUUCUAGCUGAAGAGCAAAUUGUCAUGGAGGCCAUUAAACAUAACCCUGUGGUAGUUGUUUGCGGUGAGACAGGCAGUGGUAAAACUACACAGGUGCCCCAGUUUCUCUACGAAGCUGGAUAUGCCAGUGGCAACGGAAUCAUUGGCAUAACGGAGCCCAGGCGGGUAGCAGCUAUAAGCAUGUCCCAGCGAGUUGCAAUGGAAAUGAAUCUUUCACACAGGGUGGUUUCAUAUCAAAUACGAUAUGAAGGAAAUACAACUGAAGACACAAAAAUAAAGUUUAUGACAGAUGGUGUGCUUCUAAAAGAAGUACAGAGGGAUUUUUUACUCACAAAGUACAAAGUGAUUAUUAUAGAUGAAGCUCAUGAGCGAAGUGUGUAUACAGACAUCCUGAUUGGUCUGCUAUCUCGUAUUGUUCCUCUGCGAGAGAAGAAAGGACAGCCAAUGAAACUGAUUAUAAUGUCUGCCACCCUACGUGUGGAGGACUUCACAGCAAACAAGAGACUCUUUCCAACUCCUCCCCCUGUUGUUAAGGUGGAUGCCAGACAGUUUCCUGUCAUUGUUCACUUUAACAAGCGUACUCCACUUGAUGACUAUGCAGGAGAGACUUUUAGGAAAGUUGGAAAAAUCCAUCGAAUGUUACCUCCAGGAGGUAUCUUAGUGUUUCUGACAGGACAGGCUGAGGUAAAUUCUAUGUGUAGAAGGUUGAGAAGAGCCUUUCCCUACAGACCUAACAGCAAUGUAAAAGAAACUGAUGCUACCACAGAUGACUCGGUUGAAGCGAUCAAGAAGUUUAAAAAGGCCAAACUUAAAUCUAAUUUGCCAAAGAUUAACCUUGAUAAUUACUCUGCAAUGCCAGUGGAUGAGGGAGACGAAGAUCGAGAGGCAGGGAUUGGUGAUGAGGAUGUAGUUGGCUCUGAUCUAGACCUGGAUUUGGGGGAUGGUGAUGAUUCUGAAGAAGUUGAGAAGUCCGAUCCUUCUAUUCCACUGUAUGUUCUUCCACUUUAUUCGUUGCUGGCAGCAGAAAAACAAGCAAAGGUAUUUCGUCGUCCUCCAAAUGGCACGCGGUUGUGUGUGGUAGCAACUAAUGUAGCUGAAACCUCUCUUACUAUCCCAAACAUUAAAUAUGUGGUGGAAUGUGGAAAGGUGAAGAAACGCUUUUAUGAUAAAGUUACUGGAGUCUCAUCAUUCAAAAUCACCUGGAUCUCUCAGGCUUCAGCCAAUCAAAGGGCAGGUCGUGCUGGUCGUACAGAACCAGGUCAUUGUUACAGGCUGUACUCCUCGGCAGUUUUUGCUGACUUUGAGAAAUUCUCUGCAGCUGAGAUCACAAGGCGACCUGUGGAUGAUCUCGUUCUGCAGAUGAAAGACUUGAACAUUGAAAAAGUGAUCAAUUUUCCAUUCCCAACAUCUCCAUCACCAGAGUCGUUGAUAGCGGCAGAGGAACUGCUUAUUUCUCUUGGAGCUUUGGAGGAGCCACCAAAACACGGAAGGUUUAAGGAAUUAGAACGGGCAAAGCUGACCUGUCCUAUCACACCACUGGGUAGAGCUAUGGCUUCUUUCCCUGUGGCACCUCGAUAUGCGAAGAUGCUUGCUUUAAGCAAACAGCAUGACUGUAUGCCAUAUGCCAUUAUCAUAGUUUCUGCUAUGACUGUAAGAGAAUUGUUUGAGCAGCUUGACAGACCAGCGAUAAGUGAUGAGGAGACAGAAAAACUGAAAAGGAAAAAAGCCAGAAUCUCUCAAAUGCAAUGGAUCUGGGCUGGGCAGGGCCCAUCUCUUAAACUUGGAGACAUCAUGGUCAUGCUUGGUGCUGUUGGUGCUAGUGAGUAUGCAGGAUGUACCCCUCACUUCUGUACAGAAAAUGGACUUCGACAUAAGGCAGUGAUUGAAAUCAGACGUUUGCGAGGGCAGCUAACUAAUGUUGUGAAUGCUGUCUUCCCAGAAGCUGGCUUGUUUGUUGAUCCCAAGAUGAAACCGCCAACAGCAACUCAGGUCAUGUACUUAAGACAGAUUGUCAUGGCUGGCCUUGGGGAUCACAUUGCCAGAAGAGUCCAGUCAGAAGAGGUGCUGGAUGAAAAAUGGAGAAAUGCCUAUAAGACCCCACUCAUAGAUGAGCCAGUGUUUAUACAUCCAAAUUCAGUGCUGUUCAAGCAUCUUCCUGAGUUUGUGGUUUAUCAAGAAAUAGUGGAGACUUCCAAGAUGUACAUGAAAGGGCUGACCUCGAUUGAAUCCGAAUGGAUCCCUCUCCUUCUCCCCCAAUACAGUCAUUUUGGAAAACCUCUGGAUACACCACCUCCACGUUACUGCGCAGAGACUGGCCGGGUUAAAUGUCAUAGAAGAAGCACCUUCUUCAGAAUUGGUUGGCAACUUCCUGCAGUAGAAAUGGACUAUCCAGAAGGACUGGAUCGAUACAAAUAUUUUGCAAAGUUUUUAUUGGAAGGAGCGGUCAUUAAAAAAUUUGGUUCUUACGUCAAUUGUCUACUUUCCAGUCCAUCAACUAUGUUGAAGACGUGGGCCAAGCUUCAGCCCAGGACAGAUGCAUUGUUGGGAGCUCUGGUAUCUGAAAAUGUGGAUAAUUGUGAUGCAUUACUCGCUGCCUGGAAGAAAAAUAGUAAAUACCUGUUAUUAGUGUAUUGUCAGUGGCUUCCUGAGGCAAUGCAUGCUGAUGUUGCACAACGCUGGCCUCCAACACAAGUAUAAUAUGCAAUUUAAUAGUUCCCAGCUGAAGGAAAUUGUUUUCAUCAGCAACUAUGAUCUCUGCAGUACUAGCCAUCAGUGGAAUUAACAACCAACCUAGCGAUUAGAAGUUUUGAAGAAAGUAUGGAAUAAAGCUCAAAAAGGUGUGGAGGUGAAAUAAUAUUCUGCUCAAGUUAAAGACUGAAAAAGUGUAUAAAAACAAAACGCACUGGAAAUACUCAGCGGGCCUGGCAGCAUCUGUGGAGAGGGAAACAGAGUUACGAUUUUGUAACUGGAAAAGUAUAAAUUGGUGUAUUUGUCCAAGAUGAAAACCAAUUUAGACUUAUUGGUUGAUUUGCAUUACAGCUGAACCUUUGUAUCCGAAUAACUCGUAAUGAUGAAACCACAAGAGCUUCAUUCGAUUUCCCGUUUUCUCUUUACUGAACCAUUUUUCUAUGUUGCAAACAUUUGUGAAAUUUGAAAAAUGAAUGCUUCUUGAAGCAUUUUUCAUUGAACUUGUACUGUAAAUUUACUGUAGCAGUAAAAGUACUUACUUACAGUGCAAUUGCCAUGUAAAGUAAGACUUGUGGUCUUUAUAAGACCUGGGGAGAAUGCUCGAGUGUACCAAGAGGAGAAAAAUUCAUGAACCACUGUUUAUAUAAAUAAAGAUGUUUCUACAGCCCAAUUCAUUCUUGGGUGGUUGCAUUUAUAAAAAUUGAUUAAACUUUUGUUUUCAAAU